GUCGCCGGCUACAAAGCUGACUGAAACGGAUGCACAAUGCGCAUUGCUGAUGCAGAGCGCUUUCUUUCCACGGGGACACCCUAGAUUCCAGCUCAGACAGCCCAGCGAUGAAUUCUUGUUAAUGUCAUUUGUAAUGAUUCUGUAAGAAGGGAAUUUAAUAGGGAAACCAUUCUACAUGGAAAGUUCCCGUGGAGCGCGCAGCUCUGCAGGCGCCCGCUGCUGUUUUUGUAGAUGCUGAGGAACCUCUGCUCUGACAAAUCUGUAGCAGAUCCCAGAGGGCAGCAGUAAUCUCAGCACCAUGGCUCCAUCUACUAAAGUGCUGGACGGAGGCUGGGGAUGGGCUAUUGUUGUGGCCUCUUUCAUGGCGCAGCUUCUGGCCUAUGGAUCACCCCAGUCGGUGGGCGUCCUCUACCCCGAGUGGCUUCAUGCCUUUCAGGAGGGCAAGGGGAUGACGGCCUGGGUGGGCUCCCUUGUGGCUGGAGUGGGACUAAUAGCCAGUCCUGUCUGCAGUGCCUGUGUGGACAACUUUGGGGCUCGUCCCGUGACCAUCUUCAGUGGCGUAAUGGUGGCGGGCGGCCUGAUGCUCAGUGCCUUUGCUCCAAAUGUGCAGUUCCUCAUCUUUUCCUAUGGGAUUGUGGUUGGCCUGGGUUGUGGUCUGGUCUACGCAGCCACGUUGACAAUCACCUGUCAGUAUUUUGACAAGAGACGCGGCCUUGCCCUUGGCAUUGUCACCACAGGCACAAGUGUUGGAGCGUUCAUCUAUGCUACAGCUCAGAACGAGCUGAUUGUGUUGUACGGCCUGGAUGGCUGCCUGCUAAUCAUCGGUGCUGUAGCACUAAACCUCAUGGCCUGCGCCGGCUUCAUGAGACCCCUUAACAUGCCAGGGUACUACCUCAAACAGAAGGCCGCCCUGGAGCGCAACACAGAGGAACAACUUUUCGAGAAGCCCCAGCUGGAUGACCUGAAGAUCACAGCGGGUUCCACUGCAACCACUCCAGAGAAAACUCUGAAAGUGAAGGAGUUGCUCAUCACCAUUGAUGCCAAGGACUUAGCCAAUCAGACAGAGAAGAAGAAAGGCAGAUUCGUGGCUGGGUUGGCCAUCAUGAAAGUCAUCAAAAAGAAGCAACAAGCUUACUCCAGGUACAUGCACUCCAUGUAUGAGAUCCUGCAAGACCAAGCCAUGGUGGCUUUCUGUAUUGCUGUCUUCCUGUUCAGCCUGGGGGCGUUCCCUCCUGUGCUCUUUAUAGAGGAUGUGGCACAGAGUGAAGGACUCAUUGAAGAAGUUAGUGUCAUUCCUCUGGUAUCAAUAGUGGCCAUUGCCACUUGCGUGGGUAAACUAGUGCUUGGUAUCCUGGUGGACAUCAGCUGGAUCAACAGCAUUUAUCUGUAUGCUUUCACCAUGUUUGCUGAAGGUGUGGCACUGCUCCUUAUACCUGUCACUAAGAGUUACGUGGGACUGCAGAUCCUGUCAGUUGUCCUGGGUUUUUUCUCUGGAAACUGGUCUCUCACCUCCUACAUCACCACUAAGAUUGUCGGCUUGGACAGACUGACCCAAGCCCACGGCAUCCUCAUGUUCUUUGGGGGAUUUGGGAUCAUGCUUGGACCCCCUGUCGUAGGGUGGUUCUUUGACUGGAUGCAGUCAUAUGAUUUGGCGUUCUACUUUAGUGGGAGCUGUGUGGUGCUGGGAGCAUUCAUUCUGUUUCUGCUCACCCUUCCCUGCUGGAACAGGAAGCAACCUGAGAACGACAGACCAGAUGUCCAUUACACCAGCAACUGUGACAAAGUUGCCUCUGUAGCCUGAAUAUGAGAACCUUUCAUAAGGACUCCAAUCUCACCCUUACUGCCCAGCAAUUGUCCGCUGACUGUACCUGAACCACCUGUAGCAGGAAUUUUCUUUUUCUGAGUAUAUUUCUGAGUAUUUCUGCUGCCAGGUUUUAAUAUACCAAAAUACUUGCAGAGGUUUUAAAAUACAGGCCUUUGAUCUAUAAUUUGCCUGUGUUUCUCAGGUUCAAACCAUAUACUUCAGAUCUUUUUAAAGGUUUGACUCUGAUGCCUGUGUUGAUUUUUUAUUAUUGCCUCAUUUUACGAGGCAAACUGAACAAAAUUGUUCAACUCCCAAAUUCUACACUGUGUCUAUGUAAGCAGUGGUUUUCUCUUCACUGUAGCGCUGGAAAAAAAGAAAAGAAAUGGUGCCGUUCAUAAUGCUGGGAAGAAAAACAUCUGUAAAACUGGUGGUUGCCUGGUGUUAAUUUACCAUAGUAACAAACAUUUGAAACCACUCUGCAAAUGCAAAAAGUCUCCCAGAAAUCCUGGAACAGGGAAUACAGGGAUUGAAAGAGGGAGUCUUUUUGAUCAUUUUAAUUUUAGUAACACGUUUUUAUUUUGUAUUUUGGUUUUAAUAUUUAUCUUAAUUACACCACUAUCUUACCAAAGCAUCAAUGCCUGUCAACACAUAAUGCCUGUUGGAACAAUACAAAAGCCUUGCUUUAUAGAUAAUUUUUGUUUUUUAAGUGCAUUUAUUCAAUUUACUUUUUUCUUAAAUAGUUUGAGUUCCACAUACCUCCUGUUUAUGGAUCAGACAGAGACUUUUUGAAUAUUUUUGCUGAUUCAAAAACAUGUAAAAACACUGAAGAGCUCCCACUGCAUUUCCAACCUGAAGAGCAUGUUGAUUCUCUGUGUGGCAUGAUUAUCAUGACCUCUGCUGGCAUUCAUUUUGACCAGGGCUGGUCCUUUUCCAUCAUGUUGUGUAUGUAUAUGUGUAUGUGUACGUUGUGUGUGUAAACUGUACACGCAUGUUCGCAUAAGUGCACAGGUUUGUGUGUGUGCAUUGUUUGAUACUUUUGUAUUAGCACUAAUUUGUAAAGUUCUAUGUGCAAGUGACUUUUAUAUGCACAAAAUGUGCCAUAGAGCUGUAAAAAAAUAUUUUUGUUUAAGCUGGAAGUUGAUUAUUGUGAUAACUGCAAUGAAUACGUUACAACAGAAUUUUAGAAUCACUUGAAUGUUGUUAAAUAGACCACUACAAAUGUCUUUUUGAUAGCUCCAGUUUCAUGCUUAGGUAAAUCUGGGACAUUAGUUUAUUUGUUUUUUAUGUUUAUAGAGCGUAUUGACAGGGUGCAGUUGAAGCACAAUUAGUACUGACUGAGAGGAGACAAUAUGUUUGGUUGUCACCUUUUACCUACUCUUAUUUUUUAUGCCAGUAUUAUUAUAUUUAUGACUUUAUUUCUGAUUUAUUAUUUUAUUUAAAAAGUGCCAAUAAAUGGUAUUUGGAUAACACA